AUGAGAACAUUAUUUGCUCGAUUUUUUAAAAUAUGCACUUUCUUUUUAGUUGUUAUCAUAACAACAACUGCAGGAGUAUCUAUUUCAACUAUUUCCAAGAGAGAAACGGUUGCUAGAUGUCCAGACCGCAACUUUCCUGUGUUUGUAGGUUCCUUUUGCAAAACAGAGACCUCAAUGACUGUUCAAUGUAAAAAUGGUAAUAAUGUAAUGGCUAGUCACCAACAACAAUGUAAUCCAAGCGAAAAAUGUAUUGAUUUUGUUCUUAACGAUGAAGUACCAUUUGCAAUGUGUGUCCCACGAAGCAAACUUUUGAGUUGGACUAAUGGCAAUCAUAAUGAUAAAGUUUGUUCGGGCACUAUUAGAUUUGAUUCAGGUGCUACCAGUGAAACUAUAACAAUCGGAUUUAAUACAUAUGAUACAAAUGGAAACCCAAUACAAGUAUUUGAUGUGGUUGGAAGAGUUAAUAACCAACAAAUUGGUGAAGUAGAGAAUCAACACAAUUACAGCCAAAUAAUUAAUAAUUAUAAAUUGCAUGAUAUUGUAUCUUUCUGCUUCAUGCCAGGCAUUUCAGACCCGAAUGAUCCAGCUUUUGCUAACGAAGUAAUUGCUUAUGCUUAUAUUGUACGUCUAAGUUCGAUCGGAAAAGUUGCACAAUUUACAGAUAUUGAACCAGUUAUUUCACUAAAUUAA